AUGAAAAAAAUAAGUAGAACUCAUAAAAUAGAAUAAGAUUUGAAAUCUAAAAUGAACUCAUAAACUGAAAGCUUAUUCAAUAAAAUACAGAAGAAACUGGAUGACAAGGAGGAAAUCUUGAGUAAACAUGUUGAACCCUAAAUUUAAAACCCUAAAGAAAUAGAUAUCACUAAAUAAAGAGAUUUAUUAAAGAAGAAAUCCUUCAAACAAUCUCCAAAUUCAGUUCAAUAUCGGAUAAAAACAGAUGUAUCGAGUUACUAUUUUGCUAACCAGUAAAAAAAACCAAUUUUCUAUUUACCAAAUCUUAGCAAUCUUGAAAACUUAAAAAAAAACAGCCUUAGCAUUUUUGAAUCUAAAACACCAAGAAUGUUGAUCAGAAGUGAAAAAUACAAUCUCAAAUAACCAUUGACGCAAAGACUAUUGGCUACUUACUUAAAGAAAAGCAAUAGCAAAUUAUUAAAUAAUAAAAAAUAAUGAUUAAUAUUUUGAUAAUAUAUUUAUGAAUAUAAAAAUUAAAUAUAGAUAAUUAAAA